AUGUUGAUAGGUAGUAAUCGUAAGCUCGCCAAAAAUACUACUCUUUCAAUUUCGAUUUUAAAUCAUAACAUUGAUUCCGUAAGUAGCUUUAAAUAUUUGGGAGUUUUUCUCUCAUCUGAUUUUACGUGGUCGGAACAUGUGGAAUAUGUAACAAAUAAAGUCAAUCAAAGACUUAGUCUACUUAGCGGACGGAUAAAACAUUUACUAGCAUGUAAAUCACGUCUCUUAUUUUAUAAUAGCCUCGUUCUCCCACUUUUUGAUUAUGCCGAUACUAUUUGGGGAGAUAAAAAUAAUACAAGUCUAAUAUCAAGCUUACAAAUUUUGCAAAACAAGGCUGCAAAAAUCAUAUUAGAUAAGCAGUUGCAUUCCUCAGCUACUGAAACUCUUACUGCUUUAAAGUGGAUUUCCUUAGUUCAACGACGUUUUCAAAGAAGAUGCAUUUUUGUUUAUAAGUGUCUAAAUGGCCUGCUUAAUCAUCAUAUGAAUUUACAAAUGAAUAAAGAACAAGAUGAAUAUAACACCAGAAAUAAAGACCAUCUAAGACUCCACAAAGUAACGAAAACAAAAGUUAGAUUAUCAAGCGGUCAAAGACUUAAAUUAAACAAGGACAUAAGGAAUUCAGAAAGUAUUAAUAUCUUUAAGAAAAGAGUUUUCUCAUAUAUCAUUCAAUGA